CCCUCUUCCCCGCUCCUCCCCUUCCUCUCUCCCCCUUCCCCCCCCCGAUCGCGGCGACGCCCCCGCCUGUCCUGGGCGGCCUGCGCGCGGCUGGGCGGGAGCGUGCCGCGGUGCCUUCCGCCGCGGCGCGCCCCUUGGAGGGCGAGAGAGCCCGCUCCUCGGGCGCACCGCCCUGGCGCAGCGGGGCGGCGGAGAGGGCGGGCGAUGGCCGUCGCGGCGGCGCCCGCCGCCUGCGGCGACGGCCUCGCGAAGGCCGCUCCCCCGCGGCAGCCCGGGCCGCGAGGGCGCUCCGCGGCGCCCACCGCGGAGGUGCGGUCCCGCCUGCAGCUGGACGGCUACGGCCGGGUGCCGCACUUCUUGGAGGAGAUCGUGGGCGUACUGGAGGACGAGCUGGCGUACGUCGAGGGCCUCGCGUCGGGGGACUCCGAGGAAGACCUCGCCGACAGGCCACAGGUCAGGCUGCUCACAGAUGCCGAGAGGAGCUGCCUUCUCGAGGGCCUCGACGCCAAGAGAAGCCACCUCAUGCGCUGCUUCGAGGAGGACUUGGACCUGCAUCCCGAGGAGGUGUUCGCGCGUGGUGAUCACCCACAUCGUGGUGGAGACAGCGCGUUCGAGAGCAGUACAGCCCAGAGAUUCGGCAACUGGACAAGGACGUGGCGCAGAUGAGCCAAAGGUACGUCUUCGUCGCGACCGACGGCUGACCCGUGCGCGCGCAACCCGCGGCGCGCAGCUGCAUGACCGCCGGGGGGUGAGGAGCUGAGCUGUGACGACUCCCAGGCAGCAGAAACAGGCGG